AUGACUCCAUUUCAAGAUGGCGACCCCUCAUCAGCAAUUGCCAUUAUUGGUGUCUCUGGAAGAUUCCCUGGCGAUGGCACAACACCCCGACGCCUAUGGGACCUGCUCAAGGAGGGCAAGAGUGCCCUAGGAGAAGUACCUGAGAGCCGGUUCAACGUAAACGGCUUUUACCACCCAGAUGGCGGCCGAGCUGGAACCUCUAACUCCAAGAAAGGCUACUUCUUGAAACAAGCCAUCGAUCACUUCGACGCCGGCUUCUUUUCCAUCACUCCAGAGGAAGCAAAGGGAAUGGAUCCGGCCCAACGAAUUCUGCUGGAACUUGCUUACGAGAGUCUCGAAAAUGCUGGUCUCAAAAUUGAUGAAGUCGCCAACCAGCGCAUGUCGUGUUACGUGGGAGCAUGCCAGCAUGAUUACUGGGAUAUGCAAGCAUAUGACAUGGACAGCGCCCCGAAAUACACGGCAACUGGCACAGGACCGGCAUUACUAUCAAAUCGCAUCUCAUGGUUUUUCAACCUCAAAGGCCCAAGUAUCACGAUUGACACAGCCUGUUCGUCUUCAAUGACUGCGUUGCAUCUUGCAAGCCAGAGCAUCCGACACGGUGAAAGCGAUUCGGCUUUGGUCGGAGGCCUGGGAUUGCAUCUGCUUCCAAACUUUGGAGUUUUCAUGUCUUCGAUGUCAUUUCUCAGUGCUGACGAUAAAUGCCACUCCUUCGACGCCUCUGCAAACGGAUAUGCGCGCGCAGAAGGAGGUGGCUUCGUUGUUUUGAAGCGGCUGGAUAAGGCUAUCAAAGAUGGAGACACCAUCCGCGCCGUCAUUAGAGGCACGGGGAGCAACCAAGACGGUCGAACUCUGGGCAUCACUCAGCCAUCAGCCGCAAGACAAGAGGAAUUAAUCCGUUCGACAUAUGCUUCGGCUGAUCUGAGCUUUGACAAGACCAACUACUUCGAAGCUCACGGCACCGGCACAAAGGUGGGCGACCCUAUCGAGUGCUCCGUUAUUGGCUCCGUCUUUGGUCCGACUAGACAGCGUCCCGUGUACGUUGGCUCAGUCAAAAGCAACAUUGGACAUCUUGAGGGUGCAAGCGGGAUUGCUGGCCUCGUGAAGACUAUAUACAGCCUCGAGAGUGGCUUGAUUGCACCGACAUACGGCCUCGAGAAAGUCAACCCCAAAAUUCGACUUGACGACUGGAAGAUCGACAUCCCGACGAGUACGAUAAAGUGGCCUACGGGGCUUAGACGUGCCAGCAUCAACAGUUUCGGAUACGGUGGAGCCAACGCCCACGCUGUACUGGACGAUGCUUAUCACUUCCUCAAGACUCAUAACCUUCAAGCUCGCCACAAUACCAAGGUUGAUUGUCUCACCUCCAAUGUCUUGACUUCAACUGCAUCAAAUGGUCACUCCCAGAAUGGAGAGACAAUCAAGGCUGGGAGCACCCCACGGCUAUUUGUUCUCUCUUCUCAUGAGGAGUCUGGCAUUGCUCGACUCAGCCAAAGUCUCCAGGCAUAUCUCGCCGAGGCGGUUUUAAAGGACGAACCUGAAGAGCGAUUUUUGCACCGCCUAGCUUACACACUAUCUGAGAAAAGGUGGAAUCAUCCCUGGAAGACAUCCGUCGCAGCAUCGACAAUAGAGGAGCUACACCAAGCUCUUGAUGGUACAUCGGCCCGGGCGGCACGAGUGCCCAAGCAGGGGACCCUGACUUUCAUUUUCACAGGGCAAGGAGCGCAAUGGUUUGCCAUGGGCAGGUCUCUUCAGAAAUACUCAGUUUUCCGACAAUCUCUUAGUUCGUCGAGCGCAUACCUCAAAUCAUUCGGCUGUACUUGGGACCUGGUUGAAGAGUUGAAUCGCAGCGCCGAGGAAUCGAAGAUUGAUCUUCCUGUUAUCAGCCAACCAGCUUGCACUGCUCUCCAACUCGGUGUCAUCGAUCUUCUGGCGAGUUGGAAUAUACGCCCCCAGGUAACCAUUGGCCACUCGAGCGGAGAGAUUGCCGCAGCAUAUGCCAAGGGCGCCUUUGACAAGAAUGCCGCCAUGCGAAUCGCCUACUUCAGAGGUUUUCUCACGAGUCAGAUCACAAAAACAGGUUCGAUGGCUGCCGUAGGAUUGGGCGCUGGACCUGUGAGCGAAUACGUCAGCCGAGUAACAGCGGGUAAGGUUUUGGUCGCUUGUAUUAACAGUCCAUCAAGUGUUACACUGUCGGGCGACGUGGAGGGCAUCGACGAAGUCUUGAAGUUUUUGCAAGCGGAUGACAUCUUUGCCAGAAAACUCCGUGUAUCAACAGCUUAUCACUCCCACCACAUGCAGCUGAUCGCUGAGGAGUAUCUCAACUCACUAGCAGACGCAUGGGAGCUUAAGUCAGGCCGUUCUGACGUUCGUAUGUUCUCCUCGGUCUCGGCCAAGAUCAUCGAUGGUACCGAGCUGGGACCUUCAUACUGGGUCGCCAACUUGGUCAGCCCCGUCAACUUCUCCGGUGCAGUCACAGCGGCAGCGAAAAUAGGUGCUUUGGGGAAGCGAAAGGCCUCGGGGAAGAAGGGAAGCGCCGAUGCAAUGGUCGAGAUCGGACCUCAUGCUGCGCUCCAGGGACCGUUGAAGCAGAUUCUGGAUAGCAUCAACGACAAAGGCGCGGCCCCUCGCUACUUGUCGGCCAUCAAGAGAAAGCAGGACGCUGUUCAAACAACUUUGGAGGUGGUUGGGGAACUUCUUGUUCUUGGUCACCCCGUCAACGUUCCCCUGGCGAAUGCUUAUGGCGACGCGGACGGUGAGAUAUCUGCACUGGUAGAUCUCCCACCUUAUGCGUGGAACACGUCCAACAGCUAUUGGCAUGAGUCGGCCGCGCUCUCUGCCUACAAGCAAAGGAAUUACCCACGACUAGAAUUGCUCGGUGCGAGAGACGAACGAUCAACCGAGGCUGAGCCCGCCUGGCGCAACUACCUCCGCAUCGCGGAGCAGCCAUGGAUUGAACAUCACCAGUUUCAAGGCACUCCGAUCUACCCCAUGGCUGGUAUGAUCGUCAUGGCAAUCGAGGCAACACGCCAGGUCGAGACGCGAACGGAUGUUUCGGGCUACCACAUUCUCGAUGUAAACAUUCGAAGUGCCUUGGUCGUGGCGCUAGAUCAGACGGUUGAAACGAGACUGCAGCUUUCGCCGUGGCGCUCUGGGCCGAAUUCAACCGCAUCGCAUUGGACGGAAUUCCAAGUUUCCAGCCGGAAUGAGAGCGGCGCCUGGACGACCAACUGUACAGGUCUGAUUGCGACUUCAUACAAGCAGGAAGAAGCCAACACUGCAUUCCUGGACGAGGAGGCUGCAACCAACUCUCAGCUCAAGGCAAUGUAUGACCAGACUGUGCAGGACGACAUGCCGAGUCUCGACCCUUCGGUCUUCUAUACAAAGAUGGAAAGUUCAGGAUUUAAUCUCGGGCCAGCAUUCCGUGGCGUCAAGGCGCUUAACCUCCUCCAAGAUAAAUCCCACUUCUCGAUGGAGGUUCUGGACACGAAAGAAUGGUAUCCCAAGAAAUGGGAGCCUCCUCAUCUCAUCCACCCAGCGGUCCUCGAUGUAUUCAUCCAUCUGUUGAUAUCUAGCACGGGCGAUGCUACUGGACUCAAAGCAAGAGUUCCUGUCUCUACUGCGUCGUUGUAUGUAUCGGCAGACUUUGACUCUUCCAGCGGCACCACUUAUCAUGGAUUCACAUCGUCGAGAAGACACAGUGCUGUCAACAUGUUGAGCGACGUCAUCGCAUUCGGCAACGAAGGGAAGGCCCUGAUCGCUCUCCGCGGAUGUCAGACGGUGCCUCUUCGUGGCGUAUCGCCAGAGGUUUCCACGUCGGAAGGCCAGUCUCUCAGCCAUGUCCCCAUUAUCCCGCACAUGGCGCCAGACGUGGAAUUCGCCGAUGCCGCUCAGCUUGAACGACUCCUUCAAGGCCCAGACUUGGCUACGAAGUUGGGCAAGUACAUAGCCUUGUUCGCGCAUGUACACCCAGUUCUUGAUAUUCUCGAGUACAACACAUCGUCUAGAAGUCUCCUGACGAAUGCUUUGGCAUCUCUCCGGGCCGAGGACAAGGUCAAUGAACGCAUUGGGUCUCUUGUGCUGGCGGGGCCGCUCGAAGGGCCGACCAUCGAUAUUCAGCCUUCCCUGGCUGCUGUAUGGAAGCCAUUAAUUCAGUACCAGAAGCUGGAUCUAUCUCAGGAUUUUAGUUUGCAGGGUGUUGAAGAUGGUUCUCGCGACAUAGUGGUCUUGGACACUACUCUUGAACAUGACGGCGAUUAUUACUCAACAGUAUUGAAGAGUAUCAAGAUGCUCUUGAAGCCCUGGGGAGUCUUGUUGAUUGCGAGCGGCUCCACGAGCAUUCUCGGCAACUCCAUCACGGACGAAAUUCUAGCAUCUGCGGGUUUCACCUCGACCAACAUCGACAUUUCUGGCUCACCAAGCUUCAUUGUUGCACACCGGAAACUCGAACUAGAACCCACAGUCCGAAAAGUCCUGAUUAUCACGCCGCAAAACCCCUCCGAGGAACUCGGUCGCGCCAUCGACCAAGUCGAGCGUGGCCUGAGAACGCCGAGCUAUGAUGUUAUCAAAGCGCCCUUUGGCGACAUUCCAGAACAAACCUCUCCGUACUUGACUGUUGCAGCGCUCGAUGUUGAUAAUUCCAUCCUAGAGAAUCUGGACGAGGAUUCCUUCGGCAAACUCCGCUCCUUGUUCCUUGGUUCGCUCGGAACAUUAUGGUUGACCGUGGACACUGAAUCUAGGGGUCUGGUUAAGGGUCUCGGCAGGACCAUCAGAGCCGAGCACCCGGAGAUAUCUUUUACUACCUUGGGACUCGACCCGACUGCCCCUCUUGACACGGAACUCAAUAUCAAGACCGUAUCUCGGAUACUGGAGAAGAUGUCCAGGAAGACCCUGGGAGAGGCCACAGACUCGGAGUAUGUGGUUCAUGGGGGCAAUGUGCUAGUUGAACGUCUCGUGCCGCAUCCAGACCUGAAGGCCUUGUUGGAUUCGUCGAAAUCUGGAAGCUCUCUCCCAGUUGCUAAGAUUCUUUUCAAACAAGCUCACCAAACGCUCCAACUGUCUAUCCGAGAAGCUGGACUACUCGAUACUCUGGAGUAUCUUCCUAUCCCAAACUUGUCUGGCCCCCUUGCCGAUGGUGAGAUUGAGAUACAAGUCUCCGCGGUGGGCUUGAACUUCCGCGACGUCAUGGUCGCCAUGGGCCAGAUGGAAGACUCAACGCUGGGCAUAGAAUGCGCCGGAGUCGUUUCAUGGGUUGGAAAUGGCGUUCAGAAGUUCAAUGUCGGCGACCGUGUCUUUGGUAUGCAUGCCGGCUGCUUCCAGACCCGUGUUCGAGUCGACCCCCGAACGUUCCAAAAGACUCCUGAGAACGUGAGCGACGAAGAGGCUGCUUCUCUGAUGUGCACAUACGCUACUGUUGUUCAUUCUCUGAUCGAUGUCGGCCGACUGCAGCCUGGCGAAUCUGUCUUGAUUCACUCAGCUGCUGGCGGAGUCGGUCAGGCCGCCAUCCGGCUUGCCCAGUUCAUCGGCGCGGAGAUCUUUGCCACAGUCUCCUCCGAGAAGAAGAAAACAUUCCUUAUGGAGGAGUAUGGGAUCAGAGAGUCGCACAUAUUCAAUAGCCGAGACUAUUCUUUCUCUGACGGCAUUCUCCGGCUGACGGGACAAAAGGGCGUUGACGUUGUGCUCAACUCGCUAGCACAAGAGGCACUCCGGCGAACUUGGCUCUGCGUUGCACCCUUUGGUCGAUUCAUCGAGCUUGGAAAGCGUGAUAUCUAUGACAACAGCGGCCUGGAGAUGCGCCCGUUCCUGAACAACGUCACAUUUUCUGGCCUUGACAUCCUUACACAAGUCAUCGAUUAUCCCGACCGAUUCGAGAAGAUCGGGACCCAGGUGGUUCAACUCCUUCAGAAGGGUGCUAUCGCUCCCUUGAAGAGCCUGCUACGCUACUCGUUUGGGGACGCGGAGAAGGCAUUCCGACUCAUGCAAAGUGGAGGUCACAUUGGCAAGAUAGUUCUAAGUCCACAGCUUGAUGACAUUAUUCCGGUCGUCCCAGAAGGCCUCGGAUCUUUUCGCCUGUCGCAAGAGAGCACCUUUAUUCUUGUUGGUGGUCUUGGUGGAAUCGGUCGAUCCAUCGCAAAACUGCUUGUCGACAAGGGUGCCAAACAUUUGAUCUUCUUAUCCCGAUCAGGAAGUUCCCGCCCUGAAGCUAGAUCACUUCUGAAGGAGUUCCAGUCCCAAGGUGUAUCGGCGACGGCAAUUUCGGUUGACGUCGCUGAAAAGUCUCAACUGGAGGCUGUCAUCAAAGAGGUGAAGCAACGGUUCCCAUCGAUCAAGGGAGUGAUCCACUGUGCUAUGGAUUUAAGGGAUGGCAUCUACAACAACAUGUCGGUGACAGAUUGGAAUUUAUCACUUCGCCCUAAAUUUCUGGCGACGCGGAAUCUGCAUGAGCUUCUGCCCACAGACUUGGAUUUCUUUGUCUGCUUGUCGUCAAUUGCAGGAAUCAUUGGGUCGCGUGGCCAGGCCAACUACAACGCAGGAAACACAUACCAAGAUGCGCUCAUGCAUCACCGCGCAGCUUCGGGACUAGCUGCGACGAGCAUCAACCUCAGUCUAGUAGUUGGAAUCGGCGUGUCGACGGAACGAGACGAAGUCUUUCAACUAUUGAAGGAUGGUGGCCUGCUAGGUAUGGAUGAGACUGACGUCCUCAACGUUGUCAAGGCAGCCAUAUCCGGACGGGCUCCGACACAAGUUGCACUGGGAGCAUCUACCGGCGGCCAGCUUCUCAAGCAGGAUGCCAACGAUCCUUACUGGUUUGCGGAUUCACGGUUUGCCGCCCUGAGCCAACUCGACCGACAAGGUGCCAGCGCAAACGGCACCAACGACGCACAGGACUGGAAGAAGCUCCUCGCAGCGGCCACAUCUAAAGACGAGGUCUACGAUAUUGUGCUAGCCCAGGUUCUGGAAGGAGUUUCGAGGAUCAUCAAAACGGAUGUUGAAGAUAUGGAUCCGAGGAAGUCUCUACCAGCCCUUGGCAUCGACAGUCUCGUCGGUAUCGAGAUCCGUACCUGGCUCUUAAAGGAGUUCCAGGCCGAUCUUUCAGUCUUCGAUAUUGUCAGCAACGAUCCAUUGUCUGGGUUUGCGAAGAAGGUCAUUGCAAAGACUGCCCUUGUCCCAUCCAGUCUUGUUUGAGGAGCUUUGAGAAUUCUAUGGGGCUUGGAUCAUGUUAGGUAGUAUGACGUUUGUUAUCUUAUGUUACGUUGCAAGAUAUUUCCUAAUUAUAUGAAUAAUUAUUUCGUGUUUUCA